UAUCUAUCAAAAAUGAAAACUAUUGUAUUUCUUCUGAUUUUACUUGUGAUCUCAAGUGAAAUAACAUUUGAUGUGGAAGGUGGACCGGAUGAAGGAGGUCCACAUGCUGAUUCUUCACAUAGUCAUGGAUUAUCAGAGGCUUUAAGAAACAAGGCAGGAAAAGAUUAUCUUAAAAAACAUGGAAUUAUAAAACGAUAAAAGAUACAAAUAGAAUGAAUUCGAAACUGUGUUUCUCAAUCAUUCAUUUUCAUUCCAUUUUAAGCGGGCAAUUAUAUAGAAACAUAAUUAUCUCAUGUUAUCUUCACUAUCUGUCACCCAUUUCAGUGAAAUAAAAUCAAUGUUAUUUCACAGUGA